GCUACCAUUAAAAUCAGACCCUUUUUUGUCUCUCGAUUGCUGUCUCCCGACCAAACUCCGAUGUGUUCCGUUAUCAGCGACCUAAAGCCUGCCAUUCCAGCACCUGUCUUGCUAGGGAUCGGUGGAUAGUAUACGAUUCAGAAAGCAGACAAGGACAUAGGAGGAGAGAGAGCUCUAGAGACAGCCAGGGAUAGGCACAGAGAGCUUUGAAGUAAUUGGAUUCAAUGGACGAAAUGCUGCUGUUGACAAGAAUUCUCUUGGUGGGCUUCAUCUGCGCUCUUUUAGUCUCCUCUGGGCUGACUUGUGGACCAGGCAGGGGCAUUGGAAAAAGGAGACACCCCAAAAAGCUGACCCCUUUAGCCUAUAAGCAGUUUAUUCCCAAUGUGGCAGAGAAGACCCUAGGGGCCAGUGGAAGAUAUGAAGGGAAGAUCACAAGAAACUCCGAGAGAUUUAAAGAACUAACCCCAAAUUACAACCCUGACAUUAUUUUUAAGGAUGAAGAGAACACGGGAGCUGACAGACUGAUGACUCAGGUAGAGCCACAGAGAUACCUGUAUUUGUGUUUGUUAACCUCUCUGAGCAAUCCUAAAGGACGCAUCUGUCUUAAAAACUCAGUGGCGGCCAAAUCAGGUGGCUGCUUCCCUGGCUCAGCCACGGUGCACCUGGAGCAAGGCGGCACCAAGCUGGUGAAGGACCUGAGCCCUGGAGACCGGGUGCUGGUAGCCGACGCAGAGGGCCGGCUUCUCUACAGUGACUUCCUCGCUUUCCUUGACCGGGAGGAUGGCUCCCACAAGCUUUUCUAUGUCAUCGAGACACGGCAGCCCCGGGCCCGGCUGUUGCUGACGGCUGCCCACCUCCUCUUCGUGGCCCCCCAACACAACCAGUCGCAGGUGGGGACCCCCAGCAGCCGGGCGCUCUUUGCCAGCCGCGUACGGCCAGGCCAACGGGUCUACGUGUUGGGCGAGGGUGGGCGGCAGCUUCUGCCGGCAGCCGUGCACAGCGUCUCACUGCGGGAGGAGGCUUCAGGGGCAUACGCCCCACUCACCGCCCAGGGCACCAUCCUCAUCAACCGGGUGCUGGCCUCCUGCUAUGCCGUCAUCGAGGAGCACAGCUGGGCUCACUGGGCGUUCGCUCCCUUCCGCCUGCUCCAGGGGAUGCUGGCUGCCCUCUGUCCCUCUGGCGGGGGGGCCCCAACGGGUGCCCCCACCAACCCCGGCAUCCACUGGUACUCUCGUCUCCUCUACCGCAUCGGCAGCUGGGUGCUGGAUAGUGACUCUCUGCACCCACUGGGCAUGGUGGUGCCGUCCAGCUGAGAGCAUCCCAUGCUGCACCGGCCACCCGCCAGCCUCCGAGGGAGAGACAGAGACACACAGAGAGAGAGAGAGAGAGAGAGAGAG